AUGGGAAAUAACAAGGUCUUCGCUGUUACAGUAUUCUUCAUUUGUUUUCGAGAAUGUCUCGAGACAACAGUGGUUGUGUCAGUUCUUCUGGCCUUCUUGAAGCAAUCACUCUACGAACAGGAUCGUCCGACAUAUAAACGGCUGGUGAAACAAGUCUGGUGGGGAUGUGGCUUGGGUCUCUUUAUUUGUCUCGCUGUCGGCGGAGGCAUGAUCGGUGCAUUCUAUGGUUUGGGAACCGACACUUUCUCCAGCACUGAGGAUAUUUGGGAAGGUGUAUUGGGAAUUAUCGCCUCGAUCAUCAUCACCAUUAUGGGAGCCGCUCUCCUGCGCGUGUCUAAGCUUCAAGAAAAAUGGCGCGUUAAGCUAGCCAAGGCUUUGGAGCACGAGAGCAACCCCGAUGAGUCUAAGAAGGGUCGCGUCAAGAGAUGGUUGGAAAAAUACGUGAUGUUUAUCUUGCCAUUCAUCACCGUACUCCGUGAGGGUCUCGAGGCCGUUGUGUACGUCGGUGGUGUCGGAUUGGGACUUCCUGCGACUUCCUUCCCCUUGGCCGUCGUUUGUGGUCUUUUGGCUGGUGUCCUUGUUGGUUAUAUUAUCUACCGCGGUGGACGAGAGACUUCGAUGCAAAUCUUCUUGAUUAUCUCUACCUGCUUCCUCUAUCUCGUUGCCGGCGGUUUGUUUUCACGUGGAGUCUGGUACUUCGAGAACAACGCCUGGAAUAAGAUUAUCGGAGGUGACGCCUCGGAGACUGGAUCUGGUGCUGGAUCAUACGAUAUUCGUAAGAGUGUCUGGCACGUGAACUGUUGUAAUCCGGAGCUAGGAGGUGGUGGUGGUUGGGGUAUCUUCAACGCACUUCUUGGUUGGACUAACUCUGCUGACUACGGGUCCGUGAUCUCAUACAAUCUGUACUGGAUAUGUGUGAUGAUUGGUUAUGGACUGAUGUUCUACCGUGAGAAGCGUGGAGCUAUUCCCGUCAUUGAUCCGGCUAUGAAUCACGUCGCGAGGACCAAGGCUAAGGCUAGAGCCUUUAUUCUGCGUCGACCUUAUGAAGAUCCCGUGGCACCUGAACCGACAACAAUUAUUCACACAGAGAAGCGGGCUGAUAUGAUUUAA